AUGUUCAAACUUGUUUUUCGUUUCUUAUUUGUUGUACAAAUAUUAAUUUUUUGUCAAUAUUUUGUGAGUUUUGAAGCUGCGGAAGGAGGUAAGAUAUCUUCAUUAUAUGGGGUAAUCUAUCUAUCUAUCUAUCUAUCUAUCUAUCUAUCUAUCUAUGCUUUUUAUAUUGAUGUAAAACUGUUCAUAUCUAUCUAUCUAUCUAUCUAUCUAUCUAUCUAUCUAUCUAAGGCUUUUUACAUUGAUGCUUUUUAUAUUGAUGUAAAACUGUUCAUAUCUAUCUAUCUAUCUGAGGCUUUUUAUAUUGAUCUAAAACUUCAUCUAUAUCUAUCUAUCUAUCUAUCUAUCUAUCUAUCUAUCUAUCUAUCUAAGGCUUUUUAUAUUGAUCUAAAACUGUUUCAUAUCUAUCUAUCUAUCUAUCUAUCUAUCUGUUCAGAUGUAUUCUGUUUAUCGUUCUCUUUUUAUCUAACCCUGUAUGCUCUGUUCUUUCUUUCUUUCUUUCUUUCUUUCUUUCUUUCUUUCUUUCUUUCUUCUUUGUCUAUCUAUCUAUCUAUCUAUCUAAAUCAGUCUGUUAUUAUAUAUCUUUUUUUCCUGUCUUUUUAUAUCUAUCUAUCUAUCUAUCUAUCUAUCUAUCUAUCUAUCUAUCUAUCUAUCUAUCUAUCUAUCUCAGUCUAUUAUUAUAUAUCUUUUGUUUUUCUGUCUUUAUCUAUCUAUCUAUCUAUCUAUCUAUCUAUCUAUCUAUCUCAGUCUGUUCUUAUAUAUCUUUUGUUUUUCUGUCUUUUUCUAUCUAUCUAUCUAUCUAUCUAUCUAUCUAUCUCAGUCUGUUCUUUAUCUAUCUAUUCUAUCUAUCUAUCUAUCUAUCUAUCUAUCUAUCUAUCUAUCUAUCUAUCUUUUGUUUUUCAGUCUUUUUCUAUCUAUCUAUCUAUCUAUCUAUCUCAGUCUGUUAUUAUAUAUCUUUUUUUCCUGUCUUUUUAUAUCUAUCUAUCUAUCUAUCUAUCUAUCUAUCUAUCUAUCUCAGUCUAUUAUUAUAUAUCUUUUGUUUUUCUGUCUUUAUCUAUCUAUCUAUCUAUCUAUCUAUCUCAGUCUGUUCUUAUAUAUCUUUUGUUUUUCUGUCUUUUUCUAUCUAUCUAUCUAUCUAUCUAUCUAUCUAUCUCAGUCUGUUCUUUAUCUAUCUAUCUAUCUAUCUAUCUUUUGUUUUUCAGUCUUUUUCUUUCUUUCUAUCUAUCUAUCUCAGUCUGUUAUUAUAUAUCUUUUUUUCCUGUCUUUUUAUAUCUAUCUAUCUAUCUAUCUAUCUAUCUAUCUAUCUAUCUAUCUCAGUCUGUUCUUAUAUAUCUUUUGUUUUUCUAUCUAUCUAUCUAUCUAUCUAUCUAUCUAUCUAUCUAUCUAUCUCAGUCUGUUCUUUAUCUAUCUAUCUAUCUUUUGUUUUUCAGUCUUUUUCUUUCUAUCUAUCUAUCUAUCUAUCUAUCUAUCUAUCUCAGUCUGUUCUCAUAUAUCUUUUGUUUUUCUGUCUUUUUCUAUCUAUCUAUCUAUCUAUCUAUCUAUCUAUCUAUCUAUCUAUCUAUCUCAUGUUUGAGCCUUUUAUAUCUAUCUAUCUAUCUAUCUAUCUAUCUAUCUAUCUAUCUAUCUCUCUGUGUGUGUGUGUGUGUACUUUAA